CCGCGCAGUUCUGGGACCCGCGUCCGCACCGCAGCCCCGCCAGCCUGCUCCGCGCCCGCCUACGCGCCUGCCCUAGCUGCAGCCCGUGUGCGACCCCUCCACCCCGCGGGCACCAUGCACCUCUCCCAGCUGCUGGCCUGCGCCCUGCUGCUCACGCUACUCUCUCUCCGGCCCUCCGAAGCCAAGCCCGGGGCGCCGCCGAAGGGCCCGCGAACUCCGCAAGGGGAGGACCUGGCCGUGUCCCACGCUGAGGGCGGCGGUCAGAAGAAGCGCGACAAGACUCCCGGAGGCGGUGGCGCCAACCUCAAGGGCGACCAGUCGCGACUGCUCCGGGACCUACGCGUGGACACCAAGUCUCGGGUGGCGUGGGCCCGCCUUCUGCAGGAAAACCCCAACGCGCGCAAAAACAAAGGCAACAAGAAGGGAACGUCCAAGGGCUGCUUCGGCCUCAAACUGGACCGGAUCGGCUCCACUAGCGGCCUGGGAUGUUAGUGCGGCGACCCCUGGCGGCGAUCCUCUUCUUGAAGCUUUGAGAGACCCAUCAAAAUAUGCUUUCCAUUCAUUCUGCAUAAUUCUAUAGUCAGCUUUUUCUAAUCGUGCACACAAAAGAUUAAUUUAGAAGUAUCAAAAGGACCCCCAUUUCAGCCAUCUUCCUGCAGGAACAUCAGUGGGAAGCUGACUGUCGUGAAGCUUGUCGGCCUCGGAGGCACGAUUUCUUAUAUUAACUUGGAGAUUUGUAGAGUCUGAACAAACUUCUAGGGAAAAACCAGUCUUUACGUGCCCGUCUCUGGAUGAGCCAAAUGCGGUGAAUAUCCUCAUAGGACUGCUUCACGCCCUAGAGGAAAUGUUUCCUCAGGCAACCCUACAAAGAUUCUUAGUCACUUAAGAAUACCCAAGCAAGGGCCUGCAAGAGCGUACAGGAUGCCACCGGAACCACGACGCUUCCCAAGCCAUGGGCCCCUCUCUAGGGGUGAACCCAUUCCAGGGUGCCCUGCCCUUCACAAAGAACUCUUCUUCCCAGGGCUCCUGAUGGCUUCUUAUUACCACACUGCACGCCUCACAGAGCCAGUCUCCACCACUCCGGAUUCGGGGAUCUGCAACAACUAUCAUCACCCCAUUGGCUAUUUGGGUUGGGGAAGGAAGUGUCCUUUCUCUUUCAGAGCUAAAGAGAGUUCUGUCUCUCAUUUAACUAGCAAAGAUUUUGCUCAGACUCUCGGUAAGCAAUCUAAUUAAAAAAAAAAAAUUAAAAUCUGCCACCCAUUAUUCUUCUCCUUUCCUUGUUCACCUCGAGGAUUUUCUAAGAACAGCUCAAGUAAGGACAGGACCUGUACCUGAAGCAGGGAAGCCCGGGAUUCCCAGAGAAAACUCAGCCAAGUUCACUUAAUGCAAAGUGGGGAGCCUGUGAGGCACCAUGGGCCCCUGCUGGUACCUAGCACAGGAUCCAGCUCCACAGGGUGGUCCUGGGUGGGCUUCUUCAGAAUCCUGCUGACUACGCCCAGUAAAUGUCUAUGUAAGAAACAUCCAAGCCGGUAGAGAACUUUUUAUGAGCUUAUUGAGCCAAGUUGAUGACAUUGCCAGGAAACAAGAUCUAAAAUGCUUUGGAGAAUGAGUUUUGCAGUUUCUUUUAUACAUUUGGAAUUAAAGAGGGAACGUAAAGAAGAUUAUGUGAAGGUGGGAGAAAGCAAGGCAGGAAUUCGAUUACAGGAUAGUUGACAA